GUUACAAACUAAAAUUCAUUUAUUAAUUGUUAACUUAAAAGCGAUUAAAAGUGAUUUCUACUUCUUGCGACAAAAACCGGAAACCCAGUGUUAGACUCCGGCCGGCCCGACUAUGGCAGCCAAACCCUCUCUAGAUUCCGACGACGAAGACUUCGGCGCCAUAGCUUCCAAGCAGCUUCGUGAUUUCAUGGACGUCUUGUCGAUGGAAUCGGACCUCGAGCUUGCCUACAAUCUCCAACUUGAAGAAGCUCUCGUUGCAUCACUCGCUUCAUCCUCUUCCUCCUCUUCAAUUCCUCGGCCAGAAGUUCAAGAUUUCGAACGCGUUGGUAUCCCUAGAAUCGGCACACUCCAUUCCAGGGACAUUGAAAAAUGCGAUCGGAUAUUCCAAGACUGGCUGCAAACGGAGUUUGAUAUGCGCAGGACUGGCGGCGAACGUCACCGUCAGGGUCAAAAUCACGGUUUCGCUAGGGAGAUUCUAAAUAUUCACGAUGAUAAUUGGAGAGAUCAGAGUGAUACUUCGCGUAAACCCUUCGGUGAGGGAUGCUCGAAUGGCGUUGAGGAUCGGGAAGUUUUUAAGCUUUACUUCAAGGGUUUGGUGAGCGAGGAAGAGAUUGGUAAUGAGAAACGUGUUGUGGCUGGAAUCGGUGUUGCAAUUUGCAACCCGGAGGAUAAAUUAGUGGUUGAAGUGAAAAGACGCCUUGCAGGAAACGAAAGGAGUAAAAUUGUGGCUGAGCUUAAGGCUUUGAUCGCAGGACUGAAUGUAGCUAUGGAUUUGAAAUUGAAGCGCCUCUGUUUUUACUGCGAUUACUAUCCUCUCUUUCAAUUUAUCACUGGCAGAUGGCCACCCAAGCAGCGCAAGGUUGCUGCUCUACUCAGUCAGUUAGCUCAUCUUCGAGUACGUUUUGACUCUUGCUCUCAUGUGCAUGUGGCUCGAAAUGAUAUCAAAUAUGCAUUCAAAUUAGCUAGAGAUGCAAUAGGUCCUCAGGUCACUCAAACUGAAGUUCCUGCUCCAAAGAAGAAGUUAAAUGAAACUUGUGUUAUUUGUUUAGAGGAUUGUGAUGUUAGUAGGAUGUUUGCAGUUGAUGGCUGCUCGCAUCGGUACUGCUUUUCUUGUAUGAAACAACAUGUGGAAGUGAAAUUACUUCAAGGAUUGGUGCCCAAGUGUCCUCAUGAUGGCUGUAAGUUUGAUCUGAACGUUGAUAGCUGUGCAAAAUUCUUAACACCUAAAGAUAUGGCUACCUUGCGCCAACGUAUUAAAGAAGCUUCCAUACCUGUCUCGGAGAAAGUUUAUUGUCCAUAUCCAAGAUGUUCGGCUCUCAUGACGAAAGUUGAGGUCUUGACAUACACUAAAGAUGUCUUCAGUGCUGCCAACCAAUCUGGAGUGCGGAAAUGCAUGAAGUGUCAUGGUCUUUUCUGUAUCAACUGUAAGGUUCCUUGGCAUAAUCGCAUUACAUGCAACGACUAUAAAAGAUCAAAUAAUCUCCCAACGGAAGAUGUGAAAUUGAAGUCCUUGGCAUCAACGUGUCUGUGGCGCCAAUGCGUGAAGUGCAAUCACAUGAUUGAACUUGCUGAAGGUUGCUAUCAUAUGACCUGCAGAUGUGGUCAUGAGUUUUGCUAUAAAUGUGGAGCAGAAUGGAAAAAUAAAAAGGCGACGUGUUCUUGCCCACUUUGGGCAGAGAAUCAUAUUUGGCACGAUGAUGAUGAUGAUAGAGACUCUGAUCAUGAUGAUCAAUACUACGAUGACGAGGACGAAGAAGAGCUUUAUGAUUCAGAGGAUGAGUAUUUUAUUUUAUUUGGUUAGGAAAAAAAAAAAAGAAGAAAAGUUCAUCCUUUCAACUUCACUCUUCAUAAUGAACCAACAUGGGAUUUCAUUUUUUGCUUGUAAAUUGCUUGACCAUGGAUGAUGACACAUUUGAACUUUGAAAUGAUUCAAAUGUUGGAGUGUAACUCUUUGUUGGGGCUUCUCUUUUUGUAACAGGUUCUAAUCAAUGAAGUUUGCCUUCCUGAA